AUGAACGUGCGUAGGCUAAUCAAUGAGAUCCUGAACAAGUGUUCGAAGCAUCGUUUGCUUGAUCAGGGAAAGCAAGUGCAUGGGGUUGUGGAGAAACUAGGGUUUGGGCAUGAUUUGGUUUUAAACAAUGAUCUUAUAGAUAUGUAUGCAAAGUGUGGCACUGUGGACCUCGCUUGUUACGUGUUUGAUCGAAUGCCUCAGAGAAGUGUAGUGUCUUGGACGGCUCUUAUGUGUGGGUAUUUGCAAAAUGGUGAUGCCAAAACUUCUUUACUCUUGUUCUCUAAAAUGGGUCGCUCAGAUGUUAAGCCUAAUGAGUUCACACUGUCCACCAGUCUAAAGGCAUCGGGGGUUUUGGGAAUUCCUGAGAAUGGAAUGCAGAUUCAUGGGCUUUGUGCAAAAUCUAAUUUUGACUGGGUAUCCGUCGUUGGCAAUUCUAUAAUUGACAUGUACUCGAAGUGUGGUAGGGUUAGUGAGGCAGCGCGAGUGUUUACCACUUUGCCAGUUAGAAAUGUUAUAAGUUGGAAUGCAAUGAUUGCUGGAUACACCAAUGGAAGAAAUGGUGAAGAGGCUUUGAAUCUGUUUAGUAAAAUGCAAGAGAAGGGGGAAGUUCCUGAUGGGUAUACAUAUUCAAGCACGUUGAAGGCGUGUACUUGUGUUGGUGCAAUAGGAGAAGGAAUGCAAAUUCAUGCUGCUUUAAUUAGAAGUGGAUUUCCUUACUUGGCUCAAUCAGUGGUUGCAAGUGCUUUGCUUGAUCUGUAUGUCAAAUGCAGGCGCAUAACUGAAGCUAGGAGGGUGUUUGAUCGAACUGAACAGAAGAGUGUGAUGUCUUGGACCACACUAAUUCUUGGUUAUGCACAAGAAGACAAGUUGCCAGAAGCCAUGCACUUGUUUAAGCAGUUGAGAGAGAGCAGAAAUGAAGUGGAUGAGUGUGUACUCUCGAGUCUCAUAGGUGUGUUUGCUGAUUUUGCCUUUGUAGAGCAGGGGAAGCAAAUGCAUGCUUAUACCAUAAAAGUCCCGUACGGUUUAGAAAUGUCAGUGGCUAAUUCAGUUCUGGAUAUGUACAUGAAAUGCGGAUUAACAGAUAAAGCAGAUGCACUUUUCAGAGAGAUGCCAGCGACAAACUUGAUCUCAUGGACAGUUAUGAUCACGGGCUAUGGAAAACAUGGUAUUGGUAAUAAAGCAGUUGAACUUUUCAACGAAAUGCAAGUGAAUGGAAUUAAACCUGACAGUGUGAGUUACUUAGCUGUGCUCUCAGCUUGCAGCCAUUCUGGACUCAUCAAAGAAGGUCAAAAAUACUUCUCUAGUUUGUGUAACAAUCAUCAGUGCAAACCACAAGUAGAGCAUUAUGCUUGCAUGGUUGAUCUCCUUGGACGAGCCGGGCGCUUAAAGGAAGCAAAGGAUCUCAUUCAGAAAAUGCCCUUGAAGCCAAGUGUGGGCAUAUGGCAGACAUUACUUAGUGUUUGUAGAAUGCAUGGAGAUGUGGAGAUGGGGAAGCAUGUGGGAGAGAUACUUUUGAGAUUGGAUGGUAACAAUCCAGCCAACUAUGUCAUGAUGUCAAACAUCUAUGCCGAUGCAGGGUAUUGGAAAGAGAGUGAGCAAAUAAGAGGUUACGUGAAGAGAAAGGGAUUGAAGAAAGAAGCAGGACGUAGUUGGGUAGAGAUAGACAAGGAAAUCCACAUUUUCUACAAUGGGGAUGGCAUGCAUCCACUUAUAGAGAAGAUUCAUCAAGUGUUGAAAGAAAUGGAGAAGAGGGUGCAGGAAGAAAUAGGCCAUGUUCAUAACGUGAAAUUUGCAUUGCAUGAUGUUGAAGAGGAGUCAAAGGUGGAGAGUUUGCGGGUUCAUAGCGAGAAGUUGGCUAUUGGAUUGGUUUUGGUUCGAAGUGGGCUAAAAGGAGAAAGGAUGAUUAGGAUUUUCAAGAACUUGAGGGUUUGUGGGGAUUGCCAUGCAUUCAUCAAGGGUUUGUCCAAGGUUUUGAAGAUUGUAUUUGUGGUGAGAGAUGCAAAUAGGUUUCAUAAAUUUGAGAACGGUUUGUGUUCAUGUGGAGAUUACUGGUAA